CAAGUGAUGAGCUGUAGGAAGGCUGUUCUUUAAAAACAGAAGCUGUGUUGUAUAAAGUGCAGACAUAAAAUCAGAGCUGAGAGAGGAGCUAGAGAACUGAAUAACAGCAACUUGAAAAUGCUGAGGAAUGGAAGAGAGAAAGAGGAGUGACUGGAAAGAUAAUGGCAUUCCCUGUGGAUAUGUUGAAUGGUUACACUCAUGAAGACUUGGAGAGCUCUGCAGAGGACUACUUGUCUGAACUUCGUUGCGGGGAUCCAAAUCAGCCUGAGUUCUUAUCCCUAUCAGACCAUAGCAAAAUUCCUAUUAGCUUGUCAACUGUGGGCUUUGUUCCUCUUUAUGGUGGAGAGCAGACACACAAAGUUCUUGCUUUGUUUGCACCAGAGGAUUCUCUCACAGCUGUAGCCCUGUUUCUUGCUUACCAGUGGUGGUCGAUUGAUGACAUUUUGAGAACAUCUGUUUCUUCUAGAGAGGGACUUCAGCAGGUGAAUUCUGUGGGGGAGAGGGUAGUUCUGUAUGUUCUGAAUCGAAUUAUCUAUCGCAAAAAUGAAAUGGAGAGAAACGAGACCCCAUUCCUUUGUCACAGCAGUGAUGACUAUGCUAAGAUCAUGUGGAGAAAAGGAGAGGCUGUUGGGUUCUAUUCUGUUAAACCUGCAGGAGCUGCUUUAAGCCCGUACCAUACUCACUGUUACCAGCUACCAGUGCUGGACACAAUGUUUGUAAGAAAGAAGUGUCGUGGGAAAGACCUGGGGCUCAUGAUGUUAGAAGACUUUGUGGAAUCUUUUACUGAAACCACUCUUGGUCUACGGUAUCCACUGUCAUCUUUCAUGUACAAAGCUUGUAAGCACUAUUUUGAGAAGUACCCUGGGGAUAAUGACCUUUUGUGCGAAGUGGAAGGAGCUGGAUUUUGGUUCCAGAGAAAAUCCAUUGCCACUGUAUUGCGAAGGGAAGAACUCAUAAAGGGCUCUCAGAAAGCAAGUGUGAGUUUCCAGUCAGUGGAUCAUUUUUGGCAGUCUGCAGCGAAUGAACUGAAGACUGAGCCAGAAACGCAGCUAAGUACUGACUCUCAAAAAGACCAAGAAUCACUGGAUGACCAUGAAAGCAUAUCUGAAGACCCAAGCGUAGCACACGUUUCCAUUCGGACACGAAGCAGUCAUUUAAAACGUCCCAAGACAGGAAAAAAUAGCCAUGAAUCUGGACCUGAAAUAUCCCAAGGAGAUGAGGAAAAUGUUCCUCACGCAUCAGCAGGCAGGCCAGAACUUCCCACUCACACAUCUAAAUGCUUUGAAGUUAUUGAGGAAGAACCUGAGGUUGAUGUUGAAAGUGGUGAGGAAAUGAUCACUUCUGAAGAGGACCAGAGUGUAUUAGAAACUGAGCUACAUACAUCGCCAUCUGAGAAGCUGAGCGAGAAGGAGGGAACUCCAUCUGAAUCUCUUAAUGGGGAGGUAGCAGAAGAAACUACUAAGACCUUAGUUACGGCUGAAGAGGAAACUGCAAAUGAAGUCCUAGGUGUUGAAUCAAAGUUGCAGACUGAGAGUCAAGAAGAACCGUUAACACUGCUUGUUCCAUUAAUCCUUGAGUCUCCAGCAAAAGAGGCUGUGUCAGAGAAGGUUAUAAAUGCAGAUGAUUCAGAAGGACUGACUGAAGAAAGUGCAUUGGUGGAGAAGAAGGGUAUUGAGGAAGACAAGCAAGAAUCUGAAGAAAAAAAAUCAUCCACUGAAAACGUAGUUGCUUUAACACCAAAGGAAGAAAUCUCAAACAAUGGACUACCAAACUCUGUCAAAAGUGAAGCAGUUGAAGAGGCUGUUUCUGAAAAUGUGUCACGCAAGCCAGCUUCCUCAGGGGAAGAUCAAAAUGAGGAAGCAGAGCAGAACUCACAGGAGGCUUCUGUUGCUUUGGGUCAGAGCUCUUUGAUAGUGGUUGAACUGGAGGGUGUUUCUUUUCAGCAGCCUUCUGGACAGGAAGGACAGAAGAACCAGACAGAAGAGCACUUGGAGGAGUCUGCUGAGCAGACAGAGCAGUACACGCAGACGGAGCAGUACACGCAGACGGCAGAGCGGGCAGCUGACAGCAGCUCUGAGGAGGCAGAAAUCGAGGUGCCCAUUGUGGAUCGGAGAAAUUUGCGAAGGAAGGCCAAAGGUUACAAAGGUCCACCCAAGAAAAAAGGAAAGCCAGCUUAAAAUAAAUUGUUAAUUCAUCUGUUUGUACGAAAAAAAACUUGUUAUUUUGUGUAAAACGCUAGGGUGUAACGAAAACGUAUAGGACACAGACGUUCACAAUAAAUACUGGGUUGGGCUUCCUUUUGAGAUUCAUCACCUUUGCUCAAGGUUUCUUAAAUUUUUAACCAGUAGACAUUGAUCUUCUUCCAAGAAUGAGAUAAACAGCCAGUCUUCUUCUUUUAUAAACCAUACACUCCGAAUAAAGUUGUGCUGGCGAAGGAACAGUUUGCAUAUUUCAGGUGUCAGUCUGGGAAGGAAAAAUGAAGUAUGAAAUUCUGGCUUUAUUAAAGUUACUAAAAUUUUCAUAGAAUUUCAUGAGGCCAUUCAUCACAAAUUAUUUUAAAAGAAUUUAAAAUAUUUGAGUGUUCUGCAUCUCUCCACAGUAGAGAACAAGAAACAUCCCUCCUCUCUUCUUGUUAACUCCUCACAGGCUUUUUCGGAUGAGAUUAAAAGAAUGUCAGAUUGUAAUUCUAGGUCUCGAAAUAUACAAGAAGUUGUAACUCUGUAUAUCAAAACAAUAUAACAUAGCAUCUGUCCUUUAUUAGAGUGAAACUGGAGAGAAUGGCUCUGCUUCUGACUCCCAAACUGGCAAAUUUGAUUUGCUAAUCACUUGAAACAGCUGAGUUACCAGUAACAAAAUCAGCACAGCAUCUACAAUAGCGCACACCUAAAAUGAAGUUUAGAGUUGCAUACACAGUAAACUAUAUCUGUGGCUUCCAAAGUGGAUGUCUUGUUAAGCGUGAGUUUCUCCAGAAUACUGGAGUCCUCACUCCAGUAUGCUUACAGAGUUGUUUGAACAGCCUUUCUAACUACUUGCAUGUGCUGAAUGGAUACUUGAUUGCUUGUUAUGUUAUGGGACAAGACAAUUUUUGAUCUAAUAUUGGUCUGAUUGGAAGUGGUGCUUUGUUUUCCAGAUGAUUAGCUGAUGCUGUUAAAACAUUGUAACUGCCAGGUAUGUGACUCCUGUGAACUCCGAAAUUUCAGGUGAUUGUGACAUUUAUUAGUGUCAAAAUAUUAGUGGAUAUUUCAGUGAAUGCUUUUUUCUUUUUCUGAACUUCUGCGCCUUUAGGUGUUAUCAGGCGAUUGUUGCAAAUGUUUGUGAUUCCCACUUCCUUUUUGUAAAUUGAGUGUAAUUUCUGUACUGAUUCCCAGUUCAUAGAUCUUACUAAAAACAAGAACUAAACCUUGCUAUAUACAAGCAGAAAUACAAACAGGCUAUUAUGCAUAUUUGCUUUCAGAAAUUCUCUUAGCGAAGUAUAUAUUUAAUACAGUUUGUCAGGUUUACAUUGAGUUACUCCUUGAUUGGCAAUAUGUUUAUUUCAGUAAGUGAAGUUCCUCUUGUAAAGAGCUGAAAAGUCAGGAAUAAGAAAGAGCAGCCUUGCUAGUUAAUCUUAGAUUAAUAAACUAAUCUCCUACUGUGUCUUGGAAGUGCUGGGCUUCUGAAGAUUGCUGUUAGGGUUCACUUGAAUAGUUGCAAUGCUGUCUUAAUUUUUAUCCCUCCAUGAAGCUAAAGUAAGACUAUGCCUAUAGUUUAAGCGUAUUUAUAAAGCAUUUUAGCUAAGAUGUAUUCUUACUAUUUAUUUCACCUGUUGAAAUACAAUCCUACUUUUAAUCUGUAAAAAAAAAAAAAAAAAGCUUAUGUAGGAAGUGUUGCUUUUGUUUUUAUUAGAUGCAUGUAUUACAUAAAUUUUUGAUUCAAACUUUAGACUUCAGAGAGGAUGAGAUAACUGAGUUUGGAUGUUGAGCAUAGUUGUAAUUCCCUGUCAGUAUGCAGUUACAACUUAUGAACCUUGCAACUGGCAAACAUUCAAGAUCUUUUAUGGUUGUUUGUAAACACAUUCAAGUGAACCUUAAGAAUUCCUAAAACUAAUAAAACAUUUUCCAUAAUGCACAUGGAACAAAACUUGUUACCAAUAGUAUGAUUUGUCUUAUAAUGCUAAGUUACUGUAAAAAAAAAAGAAAAAAAAGAAAACCACACACACACAAAGCACACAUCUGUUACAUUGCUAAGGAUGGAACCUGAUAGUUUAAAAAAUGCUGAUUGUAUGCAGUUUUUAGUCAUUCAUUUUGUGUUUGUUAGAGCAAACUGUACUACAUACUAAUCUGUUAAAUACUUCAAUUGGUACAAAUAUGUUCACAUUCAAGAAUUCUGUUGUUCACAAACAGGCGAGAGCCACUUAUUUCCUCUAGAUGGAUUUUUUUUUUAUGCAUACGUUUGUCUGGGUUUUUCCUGUGAGGUUGGAAAACCCUUUGUGGGAAGGUUAUUUGACUUCUGAUAUUUCUUUUCAUGGCUAAGUUGGAACUAGUUACAAUUAGUAUCUUAUUCUUAGGACAUUUAUGUAUUGAAUGCAGGAAAAACUACAACGGAAUUAUUAAAUGAGGUCAGUCUUGGUUUCUGCUGAAAAGAGUCAGGUAUCUGAUCAAACUCCAGAAAGUUUUAAAAUACUGAGCUAAAAUUCACAUCUUUAGGUAUACUCUUGAGUAGCUAGCUCUGUUUGUUUGGGGUACCUGAGAUAUUAGCCAAUGUCCAGAUUGUUAUCUACCUAUUGUGGGCAGUGGUGGUGCAAUUAGCAGUUCUAAUAAGCAGUAUGGUCUUGAAACCUAGAAAUAGUUCUUAACUGUGAUCACAGCAGUACGUCGAGCUGGAAUGGAGUUUGUUUCUCUAAUAAUUUCUUGGGCAUCAGUCGUCUUGCAAUAAAUAUUGAGUAGCCAAAUCAAACUACUGAUUUAAAUAAUGGUUUGUAUUGUUGUGAUGGUUGUCCAGUUGGAACAGUAGUUUAAUAAUCUGUACCUUCCAUUGCAUUGAAGCAGGGAAACUUGUCUGACAACUGUAUCGACUGAAAUGUUUUAUCUUGGGAAAAACUGUUUUAUGCCUGGACAGUUUUUCUUUGGUCGGUUUAAUGUCUGGCUUAGACCAUUGAAUUGCUAAAGAAUUUAAGAUCUUACCACACCAGCAACCAAUGAUUAAAGUUCAUCAAGUUCAUUUGUUUGUACCAGAUACUGUUAUGGUAUGUUGUAAAACUGUGUGUGUAUGGUCAAAGCGAGCAGUAUUAUGUUUGAGCUUUAUUUAGCCUGGGAAUGGAGUUUAAAGAAUCUUUAUUUGUGAUUUCAACCUUGCACUUAAAUAGUCAAUGGUUUUGUGUUUGAAUGCAUUGCUUGUUAAAAUGUUUCCCUUGUACUGCUGCUUAAUUUUCAAUAGAACUUGCUUUGUUUCUCACAGUUUCUUUUGGCUUCUUCAUUUCAUGCAGAAUUCUUGUUUGCUGUUCUCAUGUUCCAUAGCCCUUUACAUAAAGAUAUGUAUUUAUUCCAAUUUGGUUUUAAUUUAGUAACUCAUACUUUCUUUGUUGGUGUACUUCUUUUCCAUUUCACUUGUGGGUGUCAGUAAUCAAAUCGAUCAUUUAGAACUUACCAACACUACUAGGAUGAAAAGAGCAAUAAAUAGGCCUAAGUUUCAUCCUUUCCUCGACCAUUAAAAGAUAUUACCAAGGGGAUAUACUUCUAUAUUUAUUUUCAUGAAUGUGGUGUUAGAUGUUUUUUAAACUAGUGUUUAUAAAUCCUAUGGAAGAUGUGAUGCUGUUCUAGAGUACUGUACUUAGAGCUAGUUAGUGUGUUCUGAAUUUUCCUUUCUUUGUAUUGUCUUGACUUUUCCUUUCUUUGUAUUGUGUUGACUGCUUUUGAAAUGUUUUGAAAAGGUAAUUAAACUUAUUUUGUGACUUAUUUUUAAGUAUUUGAUUCCUUUCUGCUAUGCAGGAGGCAUCUUUUAAAGUGGUUUAAUUCACUAGAACAAAACAGUGUAGUUACAUUUGGUGUUAUUUUGCAAUCUAUUAUCUUGCAGUCUGUCUGCUACCGAAGAGCUUUAAAUGCUGUAAGUAUAUUCAUUGAAAAAGAAUUCCUGUACUUAAAAA